GCCUAACCCACUCUCCAGUCAGCCCCUAUCUAUUUCUCUCUUUUCUUUCAGUGGAAGCCUGGAGACCAGCACAAGGAGUUUUAUGAGUUCAUAAACUUUUUCAUCUGGAAUUUAAAAAAAACAAAAAAAAAAAAACAAGGGACAAGUUGCACCUUUUUGACCAAAACAGCAGAAGCUAGGGAGAGGAGCAUUUGACAGAGAAAACCAGGUGUAUAGAACACAAAUACAGAGCGAUGAGUCGCAGUAUCGUGCGCCAGAGUAAGUUCCGGCAUGUUUUUGGUCAAGCUGCGAAGGCGGAGCAGAAUUACGAUGACAUUCGGGUUUCCAAGGUGACGUGGGACAGCUCGUUCUGUGCAGUCAACCCGAAGUUCCUGGCAGUUAUAGUGGAGUCCAGUGGAGGAGGAGCCUUUCUGGUUUUGCCCCUUUCAAAGGUGGGACGUGUGGAUAAGAACUAUCCCCUGGUUGUGGGACACUCUGGGCCUGUCCUGGACAUUGACUGGUGUCCCCACAAUGACAACAUCUUGGCAAGCGGCUCUGAAGACACCACUGCCAUGGUAUGGCAGAUCCCAGACCACACUCCAACACGGCCCAUCAGUGAGCCCAUUGUGGUGCUGGAGGGCCACUCCAAACGCGUGGGCAUCGUCACCUGGCACCCCACUGCCCGCAACAUCCUUCUCACUGCAGGCAGUGAUAAUCUGAUCAUAAUCUGGAAUGUGGGCACCGGAGAGCCAUUGAUCACAAUGGAAGAUCACCCAGACCUCAUCUACAACGUCAGCUGGAACCACAACGGAAGCCUAUUUUGCACAACUUGCAAAGACCGCCGUCUUCGUGUUUGUGACCCCCGCAAGAGAGAGGUGGUGGCUGAGAGAAUGGCUCCACAUGAAGGCAUCAGGCCCAUGAGAGCCAUCUUCACCAAAGAGGGUAACAUCUUCACUACAGGUUUCACCAGGAUGAGCCAGAGGGAGCUGGGCCUCUGGGACCCGACAAAUUUCGAGGAACCCAUUGCACUUUUGGAGUUGGACACAAGUAAUGGGGUCUUAUUGCCAUUUUACGAUCCAGACACCAGUCUGGUAUAUCUGUGUGGUAAGGGUGACAGCAGCAUUCGCUAUUUUGAGAUCACAGACGAGCCACCCUAUGUGCACUACCUCAGCACAUACAGUAGCAAGGAGCCACAGCGAGGCAUGGGCUUCAUGCCCAAGAGAGGAGUUGAUGUUAGCAAGUGUGAGAUUGCCAGAUUAUACAAGCUUCAUGAGAGGAAGUGUGAGCCUAUCAUGAUGACAGUCCCAAGAAAGUCAGAUCUGUUCCAGGAUGACCUCUAUCCGGACACAGCAGGUCCAGACCCUGCACUGGAGCCUGAAGAGUGGCUGGAGGGGCGAGAUGAAGACCCCAUCCUAGUCUCCCUGAAGGAUGGCUACAUUCCCCCAAAGAGCAGAGAGCUGAAGGUGGCCAAGAAGAACGUUCUGGACACCAGGCCUGCACCCCGCAGGAGCAUGUCGUCUGUCGAUGGAAGCAGCUUGCCAUUGUUGGAAAAGCUUAUAGAGGAGAUUCAGAGUCUGAAGGCUGCAGUUCUCUCUCAAGAAAAGCGAAUCUGUGACUUAGAGAAUAAGCUCUCCAAGUACACCAACGGCACUGUCUGAGUGAUUCAGUGAAGCACAAUCACCCCUGUACACACUGCCCAACCACCCCAACCCCUUCAUAUAUGCACAUACAUAUUCCUCAUUACCACAGCAUUCACCCAAGUGCAUUCAUGACUAAACAACUUCUGUUAAGGAGGCUAUGAGCAAUACAUUUUAAAACACUCUUACAAAUGCCUUACAUUUUUCCUGAAUAUAGAAUAUAAAGGGACGAUUAUUGCACAUAUGCUAUACAGGUGGCAACUUAAAGCCAACUUGAAUAAAAAAUGAUAUACACUCACAAGGCACCUUAAUAUGAACACCUAUACACCUUCAUCUUCAUGCAAUUAUCCAAUCAGCCAAUCAUUUGGUAGCAGUGCAGUGCAUAAAAUCAUGCACAUACAGCUUGGAAAAACAUCACCUGUCCAGUUUCAGUGAGUCUGUGCCCACUGUAGCCUCAGAUUCCUGUUCUUGGCUGUCAGGUGUGUAACCCAGUGUGAUCUUCUGUUGUUUCAGCCCAUCCACCUCAUGGUUUGACAUGUUCUGAGAUGCUUUUCCGCUCACCACUAUAGUAAAGAUUGUUUAUUUGAGUUACUGUAGACUUCCUGUCAGAUUAAACCAGUCUGGCCAAUCUCUUCUGCCCUCUCUCAUCAAGAAGAUGUUUUCCACCCACAGAACUGCUGCUCACUGGAUAUUUUUUCCCCCGCACCAUUCUGUGUAAACUCUAGAGACUGCUGUGCGUAUGAAAAUCCCAGGUGAUCAGCAGUUUCUGAAAUACUCAAACUGCUAUCAACAAACAUACCAAAGUCACUGGGAUUCUGAUGUAUUGAUGUGAACAUUAACUGAAGCUCUUGACCUGUAUCUGCAUGAGUGUAUGCAUUGGACUGCUACCACUUGAUUGGCUGGUUGGAUAAUCGCAUAAAAUGAGCAGGCGUACAGGUGUUCCUUUUAAGGUGGCUGGUGAGUCUAUAUUUAUGCAGGUUUUAAUCAGGCAAUAGUCAAAUUCAGCUUGGCAUAUUCUCUGUAGGAGCUACUGUAUAAAAACACCAACACAUGCUAGACUUCUCCUUCCUUGGUUAGUAACUGUAAUGUGAUAGGAGAGAGUUAGAUUGGUGAUAACUGGGAAUUGGCAAAAUGACCAAAUUGGAAGUAAAACUGAAUUAAAAAAGAGGAAUUUAUGAGUUAAAAGUGAAUGAAAUUAUUACAAUUGAUUACAAUUACAAUUACAAUUGAUUAUUAUUGAAAAAGGACAGACAACUCUUGUGUAGUAUAUACCUAGCAAGGUGAUUUGCCCGUAAAUCUGAUAUUUAAAAUAGUCCUUCUCUUCGUCGUCAUCAUUCACAAUUUAACAGUAGGCCUACACCAGAAUCUGAACAUAAUUGGUCAUAUUGAUUGAUAUUGAUACAUAUUGAUUGGAAUUGUAUUGUCAUACUGUUUCGUAGCAGAUUCAGUGGUAUCGUUAAAUAUCGUGCUGUUGCUUUAAGAAUCGAAAUUGUAUCAUAUCAUGUGUAAGCCUGAGGUUUACACCCCAAAUAAUUACCAGCAUCUCCUCCGUUAGGUCUUCUCCCUGUGGCUCCUACAGUGAUGUGUUAAAAACUGACCCUUCCAUUUGUCCAGCACCCACUCACACUUAUCUACGUUUGACCAACAUGAAAGAUCUCAUGUGGCUCUCAAAAUGUAAAUAUUCUUUUAGAAAAUAAAACUAGCAAGAUAUCAAAACCAAAGAAUAUAAAAAAGUUGAGUUUUGUGUGUUCUAUAAAGGAUUUGU